AUGAUCAUUGUAGGGACUGAGGAACUCAAUCAAGCUGCAAGCGUAUUAAAGCAGUUUUUUUUCAUCAAGUGUUGUAUUGUUUAUGGUUGCAUAUUCAACAUAAAUCGAGGAACGCCUAACAAUUUAAAACUCAUUGCAGACAAAUGGCCAGAUUAUAAUGGGGCGGUUUCCCAGACAAGGAUUAAGCCAGGACUAGGCCUUACAUCUAUUCAAAGAGACUUGAACACACCAGGUGUGAUUAACAUGGAUUCAUAUUCACUCAGGUCAGGGGUGGACAUCAGACAUUUAACAGCAGCUCAGGAGUUUGCAGAUGAACAUCGACUUCAAUGGAAAAUUUACUCUGGACUCAGAUUUGGUCAUGCACAUCUGGUGAACAGCACAUGGAAAUAUGUAGGAGAUGCCAACUUAGUGCUGAACUACAUUACCCACAAUCCUUCAGUGUGUAUUAUAGAGGAGGGCAGAACUGAUCCGGUGUCCUGGCAGUUUCUGUACCAACACUGUGCUCUUGGGUUACUCUAUACACUCCCCAAAGGUUAUGUCAAAUUACUGGUGUCAGUCAUGUCCCAAAACCUCCUGGAGUGCAGAUACCCUGUGUACCGUUUCAUUGAGGAGGAAAAUGAACCUGGGCUUCAAACAUUUAUCAGGUUUUGA